AUGUACAAUGUGAUUCUACCAACAUACAAUGAAUCAAAAAACAUCAUCUGUAUGGUCAACAUGCUUAUCGCAAUAUUUAGAAGACUGGAUGCGGAGUUUAGGCUGGUUGUGGUGGAUGACAAUUCACCAGAUGAAACGGCAUCACGUGUUAAAGCCCUAAACAACCCAAACAUCAAAGUGAUUGAAAGAGAGGGGAAACUGGGACUAGGAAGUGCGUAUAUGGAUGCAACGAAAUACUGUAUUCAUCCAUACACAAUAAUAAUCGAUGUUGAUCUACAACAGGACCCAUUUGACAUCAUUGGAAUGACCAAAUACUGCAAGGAAUACGACAUAGUUGCAUCAACAAGAUAUUCCAAAUCACUUAAAUAUGACGGAAACAAGGAAGUGAUGGCAAGUGGGAAGGUAUGUCAUUGGAAAUUUAGUAGAAGACUGAUUUCGUCUGUUUCCAAUUCAUCAGGAAGAUUCAUAUUGGAUCUGAAGUCAUCAGAUUUAACAAGUAGCUUUAGGAUCUAUAAGACUGAGAUAUUCAAGAAUCUGAUUAAGAAAGUGAGCAAUAAGGGAUUUGGAUUUCAAUUUGAAAUAUUGGCCAGGGCAGAAUAUGAGAACUACAAAAUCAAGGAGUAUCCAAUAACAUUCUACAACAGAGCGUAUGGGGAAUCCAAAUUGGGCGCAACUGAUAUCUACAGAUUUCUGGUGAUGUUGGUUUAUUUGUAUUUCUUUCUAUAG